AUGACUGCUCCCGACAUCGCCCACCACUAUCUGAUCAAUCCUGACACCAUGUCCGACGCCUCGUUGCCAGCCGCUCAACAUCUACGAACCAUCAUGGCACACGCUGCAAUUUUACUUGCCAGUACAUUUGUCUUUCUGACUGCCCUGUUGUUUCUACGGUGGUGGGAAGACAGUCGCUGCGCCGAGAAAGAGAAACUUGCUUCUUCACGAGGACAAGCGUCAUACGCUCUGCAAGGGAUCACAAAGACACAGAUUCUAGAUCUAGGUCAGAAGCUUCAAGAUUUGGGUCAGAAGCUUCAGGAGCAAGUUGAGGCUUUGCCUGAGGGUACCGCCUUGCCACCAGCUGACCUCAUUGAUCGCUCCCUGCGCCCAGAAACGAGCAGAGAUUAG